GUUCCGGGGCUGUCACUGUGGGUGUUGGGGUCUCUAAUCCCCACGUCUCAGGGCAGAGGGGGGACUGGGAGACAGACCUCAGGCAGGUGUCGGGGAGGCCGAGGGGACGGGAGCAGAACCUCACACCCAGAGCAUCCUUGAGGAGACCUCUGAGUGAGAGCGGGCUCCCCAGAGCGACAUGGACACCGGAGUCCACCAGGACCGACCGAAAGGGCAGCGGAGGAGACAGCCCCACACCACGGUGCAGAGGCUCCUGAGCUGGGCACUGCCCACCUGCUGUAGCCGAUUCCUGUGGCGCCAGCCCGGCGAGUUUCCGGUCACCGCUGUCCUGCUGGGGGCAGGCACUGGGGGGCUCCUGGCCAUAGGUCUCUUUCAGCUCCUGGUGAGCCCUAUGAACAUCUAUGAAGAACAAAAGAUGAUGAUCCUGUACGGCCUGGCGGGCUCCGGAGCCGUGGGCUGGGGGACCUCCCCUCAUAUCCGUUGUGCCAGCCUCCUGCUAAUACCCAAAAUGCUGGGCAAAGAGGGCAGGCUCUUUGCGUUGGGCUACGCCUUGGCCGCCAUCUAUGAGGGACCGGUGGCCAACCUGCGAUACAACCUGAACGAGGUGGUCGCCUCGCUGGGCUGCACGGUGGAGCUGCAGAUCAACAACACCCGCGCGGCCUGGCGCGUGUCCACUGCCCCGCUGCGUGCGGUGUUCAAGGACCUGCUGGGCAGCAAAAAGUCACUGAGAGCCGAGACUCAGAACAUCUCCAACUCCUUCGGGGACCUGGACGCGCAGGUGAACAGUGAGACUGGCUACACACCCGAGGAUGCCAUGGGCUUGGAAGAGACAGCCCGAGGGGUGAGGACCCGCCGAGCCAUGGCCUUCGGACCCCACCUCUCCACACAGAAGAUGUACGAGCUGAAGACCAAGCUUCGUUGCUCCUAUGUGGUGAACAAGGCCAUACUCAGCUGCCGCCGCUGGUUUGACAAAAAGCACGAACAGUGCAUGCAACGCAUCCGGGUCCCGCUCCUCAACCACCUGCUCUGCCUGCCCAUGAAGUUCAAGUUCUUCUGUGGCAUUGCCAAGGCCAUGGAAAUUUGGUGCCGCAGUCGCAUCCCAGUGGAAGGCAACUUCGGGCAGACAUACGACUCUGUCAACCAAGCAGAGAGGAAAAGAGACUCCCAGGUGGCGGGAAGCCUGGAGGGCCUGCACCUGUCCCUCCCCCAGGAGGAGAAGCAGGCCGGGCCUGGGCUCAACACCAGCUGGGAGCACGUGAGCACCGAGGUGCGGGACUACGUGAGGCGCCAGGAGGCCCAGCUGGAGUGGGCCCUGGGGCUGCUGCACCUGCUGCUCUCCUGCACCUUCCUGAUCUUCCUCCACGCCUCCCCGCCCCCAGCCUGCCUGCCUCAGCCCGUGCGCCUGAGCGCCGGAGCCUACGCGAGGACUGGACUCCCCACCGGCCUGCUAGUGUGUCUCUGUCUGCUCCAGGCUUUCGGCUACCGGCUCCGGAGGGUCAUCGCAGCCUUCUACUUCCCCAAGCGAGAGAAGAAGCGGAUCCUGUUCUUCUACAAUGAGCUCCUGAGGAAAAGAGCGGCCUUCACCAAACUGAGGAGGGCGGCCAUCGUGAGGCAGGCGCGAGAGCAGAGAGCCCGAGUAAGUCAGGCCAGGCCUGCGCGCUGUGGCUCCCGGCUGGGCCUGAGAACCACGAAGGAAGGGCUUCCCCCUUCCCAGCCCCCACCAGGCCCCAGGCCUCUGGGAGCUCAGUGAGUUCAGACAUGAUUCGUGCCAAGGGGCCUGGUCAUCUGCUCCUGGACGUCAGGGCUGUGUCCAUCUCUGAGCCCCAGACGUCAGCCCAGCCUGAGCUACUCAGAGGACCAGCAGGAAGCAGGCGGAAAGGGGGAAUAAGAUGUGAUACAGGCUGAUCGAAGGAAAGCAAGAGGGGUUCAUCAGAAACCAGGGACGACGGCAAAGCCACGGGGCCUACUGAGAGGCCUGCAGACCAGAA